GAGAAUCUGUGGGAGAAAGUGAACAAGAAGUAGAAAGAGAAAGAGCAGAAAAGAUAGAGAGGAGGAGAGAUCUCAUUGGAUCCCUUAUUGGACUGCCGUCUACCACCCUAUCCAGCGAGGACCCCACGGUGCUGCCUGGCGAGGAGACAGAGCUGCCCAUGGAGAUGCCUGCCGCACUGGCAGAGGAGAGGACCCCAGUGUCUGUCCCUCUGCCCCCUUCCACACCCGGUGAACCAGAGGAGCGAGGGAUGGCUGGAGAGAGGGAGAGAUGGAGAGAUAGCCCCACCCUACAGGAUGUUACUCCCCCAGUGAAGCAACCUCGUAGGAGGCAGCUGCUCUUCAUCGACCAGGAAACACAGAUUACCCAGGAGGCACUGCAGCAACAGAUAGACAACACUCUCAUACAGACCAGGCCCCUGGUUGUAAUCAGUGGUCCCUCUAAGCGAACAGUGUCUCCAGCUGAUCUCCUUGGUAACCCAUGCACCACCCUCCCUCCAGAGCUGCUGUUGCCAUGGAAACAGGUGGCGGUCGUCACAGCGCUCACUGGCUCCGCCCUGUUGGUAGGGAGGACAGAGACAGACUCGGAGUCAGAGAGAGAGAGGGAUAGAGAGAGAGUGAUGGAGGCAGAGGAGGAGGGAGACAGAGAGCAGGAUGGAGAGCUCAGCUCAAAAGAGGUACCUAGAGAGUUGGCAGAGUCAGGCCUGUCCCAGCAUGAUGUUUCCACUCGGUCUCCGCUGUCCCUGGAGGUCUCUGAUAGAGACAUGUCCCGGGAGAACUCCCCCCUGGACACACCCGAGAGCAGAGGGUCUCCUGUCCCCAGGUCUGUGUCCAAACUGAAGGACAUUCCAGAGGAGGGUGAGGGACCGCUUGAGAGAGAGGCAGAGGACAUACCCCUGGCUGAUUCAUCAGCAGAACUACUGGCUGCAGUGACAGAGCCUCUUGAGGAUCAUGAAGGGCUGCUGUUCCCUCUGCUGCCCCCACUGGCCCAACGCAGUAGAGUCACUCACUCAUUCUGGAACCUACUGGAGAUGGUAACUGCCAGGAGACUCUGUGUGCAGCAGGAUGAACCUUAUGGUGACAUCAUCAUUUCACCUGGACCCAACUAUGAGGAGGGGAAUGAGAAUGUGUAAAACACACACACACACACACACACUGUUUAUUCAAAGAUGACUUUCAAAUAGAUCUCACACACAGAUAGUUUGAGUCUGGUAACUAAAAGAGACAACAGUUGACCUGUUCCUCUUUGCUAAUCGUAUUUUAGGUGCUUCAUUUUUGUGUGUUAUUUAGCAGACACUCUUAUCCAGAGCAGCUUACAGUAGCAAGUGUACACAUGUCUUAGUACUUGUCCCCAGUGGGAAUCAAACCCACAACCAUGGUGUUGCAAAUGACAUGCUCUACCAACUGAGCCACACAGAACAUUUUGUAAAGUUUAAAGUUUUUAAAAUUUUAAAGCAGGUUUUGCUUUGUCGUUUUUUAUAUCAGUAGUCUCUUAUUAUAUUAUGUGACUAUAGACUGAAUUUUAUAUUCAAUAUCACAUUUCUCUUUUAAGCAUUUUAAAUGACUUUUCCACCAUUUCUAUUUCUGCAGUAUUUUAGUCUAAUCUUAGCCUAUGCUGACAUAUAAAGGGCUCAGUGUGUUUCAGUGGUGGUGUUUUUUUUAA